GCGGGACUCCGCCGUGCAAACAAAUAGGUCGCCUCGCUUUCGGUUCCGUACGUCAAGGUUGAUCGGCGAGACGGCGGCUGGUUAAUUAUUCAUGACCCCUGGGCUCAGAUGGAGAACAAGAGGACAAACAGGGAGAGUGAUGUAGUGGAAAAAAGGGGCCCAUACAUCAUGACCAAAGCUUCCUCCAUUCAUGCCAAACUGCAGAGGCAUCGAGAAAUGGCAAAGGCGGUGCUGCGGAGGAAAGGCAUCUUGGGGGCAACUGUUCUACAGCAACCAAAGCCAGCAGCAAAGAGGUCAGUGAAGUUUAACAAGGGCUAUGCUGCUCUCAGCCAGACAGCGGAUGAGAACCUGGUGUCCCUUGAUUCAGACAGUGAUGGGGAGCUGGAGUCAAGAUGUUCCUCCGGUUACUCCUCUGCAGAGCAGGUGAACCAGGAUUUGAGCCGUCAGCUUCUACAGGACGGGUACCACCUAGAUGAGAUCCCGGACGAUGAGGACCUAGAUCUCAUUCCCCCAAAGCCCGUUGCCUCGUCACCUUGUCCCUGUUGCUUCGGAGAGUCUCUCUCCUGCACAAUCCAGUAGGCACUGCUCAACUGGGCCAGCACUUUCUACCUUGUUUCUUAGGACAUUAGCAUGCCUGAUAGAGGCAACUGCAUUCAGCACUGAACAUUGACAGAAACUGAAGUGGGCUCAGUGACUGGAGAACUGGACGCUGCCACUGCUGCAGUUAUUGGCACCUGCUCAAGUUGAGCAGCAACAGUUGAUUAUCCCAAAGCUACUUUUUGUUACAUAUAGUGAUAUAAUAUAUAGAUAUUAUGUGUAGCUGUUCAGGUCGCCUGGAUGCAACUGGUCACCUCAUGCACUGUUGGAGCAUGGAAAGAUGCUUCAUGCUGGCUAGGGGAGGAGGGAGAAGAGAACAUGUGGGUACUUCCACUCUUAAAGGAGAACUCCAAAGCUGUUUGUAAAGGAGAACAGCAAAGGUCUCAAGUCAGUAAUCUAACAAGCUGGAGAAAUGCAAAUGAAGGCACUUGAGUGUCUGCAAACAAUCAUUCCUGUUCCUCAUCUUCCAAGGCUGGGGUUUGGGAUCUGGUGCUGCCUUGGGUGGUUGCCAUGUCCUUAUAGACUCUGAACUCAGGAUCUAGCAGGUAAGCAGAGAAGGAACUUGUAUUUCCAUGUUGAAACAAGCUACUUGAAAGGCUCUUGAAUGCUUUGAUCCAGUUUUCCCACACGUUCUAUUAAUCCUGUGGGAUCUCAAAUGGUUUGCUUUUAUUCUUUGGGGUUCAUCUCUUUAACUGGUUGUUUUUAUUAUAUAACUAAAGCAUUGACUGUCCUUUAUUUAAAAAACAAAAACAAAAAACCUUUGUCUAGGGGCUUGGUUAGAGCUGCUGUGAGAUCCUGGAUGGUAGCAUUACUACCAAGGCACUACACUUUGAGUGUAUCUCAUAAGCAACCUCAGGCUCUGGCCUUUAAUCCUCACUUCUGUAGAGGUGACCUAACAAACUCUCUGCAUUUAUUUAUUUAUUUUAUUUUGUGUAUUCACUAGUCCUGGCUUGAAGUCUGGGGGGCCCCCUCUGGGGCAGAGAGGUUGAGGUAGGCCAGCUGAGAUGGAAUUCCUCUGGGAAACAGCAGAGGUUAAUGGAGGAGGAGGAGGGCUGCCUAAUAAGUGUCUAGUUAAAUUAAUGGACGUAAUGCAUCUAUAAUUGCUCUGGGUUUGCUUUGAACUAAAUCUAUACAUAGUGAUCAAAACCAAAGCUUGCUGCUCCUUUUGAGUACCAUGCCAGGCACUGUGAAGUGACUGGGUGUGGUGGAGAUGAGGGUUAAGGCAGGUGUAGGCAGGGUCUUGAGCUGCUUUAUUUGAGAGGCUCUCUGCUAAAGAUUGCCAUGUUGCCUGCUGAGAGCGCUCUACAUUCCAUGCAUUUGAUCUGAUUAAUCAGGUGACUGGUUUCUAGUUGUCUGACUGGACCAGUGGCACAUGGUAUUAUAUAGAAAUACUACUAACAUCUCUUGCAGGACAUGUCAAUUUCUGUUAUUAGUGGGGUUUAGGGGCUUCUGACUAGGUCAUAGCAGUUUUACUCGGGGUUUACUCUGCCAUGGAAGGUCUGAAUUUAAGAGUGAGAAGUUUUAGUGUGAAUUUGGCUGAUAACCUUUUAGUUACAAAAAUACAAAAUCAGGAUGGAGUCUUGUGCUGCUCUUACUCAUGCUGCUGACUGUGAAUCUGUGCAUCAUGGCAUACAAUCAGGAUUGCUUCCCUUCAUGAGUGUGGUUUUUUUGUUUGUUUGGUUUUUUUUGGUGAGCCAAUCCCAAAUUUGGUGGGCUGUUGAAACAGUCCUGAAAUAUGUUGUGCUGAUGUGAUCUCCUAGAACAUUAUGAUACAAGGAACUGACUUCCUCCAAGAGGACAAAAUUCAUAAAGAUGGAUUUGGUCUUUGUCCUAAAAAUGAAGGAAAUUUAAUUCUUUCAAAAAAACAACCUGCAUCAAUGUAGCUUGAAGAUUAUGAGCCUCCUCCCACAAUGCUCAGCAUUAAUUUCAAUUCCAUUGAAUUCUUUGCCCUCCAGGACAGGAAUAGCAAACAAAACUGUGACUUCCCUGCCAUGGGCUUACUAUGCACACUAACAGUAAUUGUUUGUAGUGGAUUGUUUUAUGCAGAGAUUAUGAUGCUAUGGAAGCGCUUGAAGGGCUGUUUGGUUAAUAUUUAAAUGUUGUUUGUUUUUUUCUGCUAGUCAGAUGGCAGUGAGGCUUUGAGCUCUGGAGUGUAGUCUCUGUACCACCGCUGUCCUAGCCCUGUCCCUUACACUGUCUUCAUUAGUAUUCAGCUGUGUGAAGUGAUUGAGUAUUCUUGUCCAGAAUGUGGUGUCACGGCCAGAGAAGGGAGCAAUUUCCACGUUUUGGUCAUCAUGUAGAUCUUGCGGAACUGAGCAUAGUCUGACACUAAUGCUGCAGCCUAGAGGGCAUGCUGGCUUGGAUGACAAACCUUCACACCCUACAGCGUCAGAAUGACUCCUGGAUGUAAUAGGGGCCUCAAAGACAGGAUGUUUUGAUGCUAAAAUCUCAGAUGGCACAUAUCACCACCUGUUGUUGAGGCUCCUGUCUCUGCCGGCUGAAGCUGAUUAAAUUUAUAUAUAUGAAGUGUCUUGAGUUCUCUCUCCUUGUGACCUUUUUUCAGCUGGAUGGUCCCAGACGAGUGCACUUGAGCCCAUUCUGUUUAUAUCUCCUCCUUGAGGAGAGGGUUGUUCUGUAAGUACCUGUAUGGGCUGGGCCUAGAAGUUGGCUGACGCUGGCUGCUUUCAGUGGCACUUUCCUGACCCCAGCAGUUGAACAAAUGAGCUUGGAUUUCACAUCACCUCUAAAAACGUGGGCCACACCAAGUGUGCUGCCUUACUUAGGGCUGUAUGUUGCAACUAAGGUCCAUGUGUGGUUGACAGCAGUGAAGAGGUUAGGGAGGCUUUACUUCUCCAUCAGCACAGGUACACUCACAUUAGUAGUGGCCUGAAAGGUUUGGCUGCUUGCCUUUCACUUGUUAAAACAGGGAGUUGGAAUAUGAUGCUGUGCCCUUUCCUCCUAAAUCUCAGGGCCUGAAUUACAGAUCCUUUUGCUGUGGAAAAUACUCUCCCAGUCAAUUGCAGGGAGCUGUUUUAGCUAAAAGUUAAUCUGUUCUAGUCUAACUUGCUUUAAUGGUACUUGUUCAACUACCAAGACAAUACAAGAGAGUUGUGGCUAUGAAGCAGUCUUUAGUUCAGAAUCUCUAGGUUAAGUUGUGAGCAGAUUAUAUGUGUGGGUUUGGGGCAAGGACAGAAGACAAGGGGGAAUCUAUCUGACAUGAAGUUAAAAAGCUGCCUUAAACAGUCCUGCUGUGAGAUGCAGAGGACAACCAGCUUAUAAAGAAAUCUAACGUCUUAAGUAUUGCUAUAGAGAACUAUGACAAAGUUUUGUAUAUUCCUGGUCAAGGGAAGUGUUUUGUUUAUAAUAAACUUGAUCUUGUGUUACACAA